AUGAGAGUCCCUUGGCUGUGGAAACGCGCGGGAGAGCUUCGGAGCCAUCGGGCCUAUCUUAACUGUUUCUUCUCUUGCACAUUAAAGGUUGGAGUAAGAGGGAAGGAUAUUGUUGUUCUGGGUGUGGAGAAGAAGUCUGUGGCAAAACUUCAGGAUGAAAGGACUGUACGGAAGAUCUGUGCCCUUGAUGACAAUGUCUGCAUGGCUUUUGCAGGGCUUACAGCUGAUGCCAGAAUAGUUAUAAAUAGAGCUCGUGUAGAGUGUCAGAGCCACAGACUCACGGUGGAGGAUCCUGUCACUGUGGAAUACAUCACGCGCUACAUCGCCAGCCUGAAGCAGAGAUACACUCAAAGCAAUGGCCGCAGACCUUUUGGGAUCUCUGCUCUUAUUGUGGGAUUUGACUUUGAUGGAACUCCCCGGCUGUAUCAGACUGACCCAUCUGGCACUUACCAUGCUUGGAAGGCUAAUGCCAUUGGCAGGGGAGCCAAAUCUGUGCGUGAAUUCCUGGAGAAAAACUACACCGAUGAAGCCAUCGAAACAGAUGACCUAACUAUUAAACUUGUCAUCAAGGCUCUUCUCGAGGUUGUACAGUCUGGUGGGAAAAACAUUGAGCUGGCAGUUAUGAGACGAGAUCAGCCACUGAAAAUUUUAAGCCCUGAAGAGAUUGAGAAGUAUGUUGCUGAAAUUGAAAAAGAAAAGGAAGAAAAUGAAAAGAAAAAACAGAAGAAAACAUCAUGAUGACUGAAAUUCAACUGCUUAGCUGCUUUUUAAUUCAAGAGAUGGGUUACUCUGUAUAGACAACACGUAGGCAUUCCAUUUAUUCAUAUGGUGGCCCUUCUGAGACAUACAAUAAACCUACUUUUUUUUUUUAACUCUUAUUU